GUUAUCAUAACAAUUCGGAUUUUAAUGUUAAAUGCUUUCAUCAUUUGCUUUUUUGGGUAGGGGUAGAACUUUCGAAGAAUGUUCUAACACUUUUCAUCAUAGAAAAACAUUCCGGAACAAAGAGUCCACUUCUCUAAAAUGUCAAUUUUACUUGUUGGCGUACGAAGUAUAUGGUUGCAACUUUUGACAACCAUCAAAAUAACGUGAAAAUGGCUACAGCCAUACCUGAAGGCUUUCAUUAUGAGACCAGAUAUGUUGUCUUGAACUACUUGGGACUGGUUUCACAAGAAAAGACUCUAGAACAAACAGGAGAAGGGAUGCAUUCAACAGGAAGGCCUCCUUUGCAGAGCAAUGUAGCUGAGAAAAUUAAGAUGGAAAUACAAGAAGAGCUGAAACUCCUGCACGAUGAGAUAAAUAAAGCCUUUGCCAGUACAGGAUUUGAAUGUCACACUUCUCCAGUAUUUAGUCCAGCAAAUCCAGAAAGUUCAAUAGAAGAUUGUCUGGCCCAGCUUGGAGAAAAGGUAGUCCGGGAGCUUGCUGUGCAACUGCAGGCAGCACUACAAAAUAUUCUCAACAAGCCACUUGAGUAUAAGGUAUACAAAGAGCAAGCAAAUCAAGUUGCCAGCCACACCAGUGGGUGGAAUAAGGUUCUGAUCUCCCUAGUGUUGUUACAACAGCUACUAACCAGUCACAGCCAGCAGCCACUAAAGGAACUAGUGGAAUUUGGAGUGAAGUACAUUGAGGAGACUGAAGCUGAUUAUAUCAUCCAGCAAGGAGGAUGGGGGACUGUUUUCAGUCUGGAUUCUGAAGAGGAAGAAAGAGGAGAAACAGUAGAUGAUAGCAAUGAUAUUUACAUCUUGACUAGUGACAACUCUGGUCAAGUAAGUCCUCCUGAAUCACUAACUGCCACCAGUUCCUGGCAGGCAGCUAGCUUGCCAGCUUCACUGUCUACUAGCCAAAGCUGGCAUACUGAAGGCUUGCCAGUUUCUCUUGGAACAGAAUCUUGGCAGCAAUUAUCUAUAGAGCCAGAGGACAUGAAGAGCUUGGACAGUAACGGUGGUGGUGAAGAGAGAAGUGAAAACAAUUCUUCCAAUUCUGAUAUUGUUCAUGUAGAAAAAGAAGAGAUUACUGAAGCUGUUGAGAGCCAGGAAAUGGAGCUAAAGACCCCAAUCUCAACAACAGCAACUGAGUCAGUACCUCUAGCUGCCCAACAGACUGCACCAGUGGAGGGUCAGCCUUCUGCUGAAGUGGAGAAAAUCGAUCCUUUAUCAGUACCAAGCCCAGUAACAACCCCUGAAAUAGAGGAAAAAACUGUAACACCAGCAGGAGAAAAGGCUGUUGAAUCCAGCGAACUAUAUCAACCAACUUCACUGCAAGAGAUAAGAAAGCAAUUGGAAGAGAUUAAAAAAGGUGUCUGGGAAGAUUCCCCAAAAACCAAACUGGAAGAGGAUGUUGAAAAAGUUGAAAUAACACCACUAGCUAAGCCAGAGCCUACUGAAGAAAUUGUUCCUAUAAAAUCAAACACAUCUGUUUUGUUUUAUGGUGGAGCUGCUGCUUUUGCAAUGCUGGCUGUAGCAGUGGGGGUGGCUCUAGCCUGGAGAAGAAGAUUUUAAUAAGUGAACAGUUCUUAUUGAGCAGGGUAAUUGGGAAGGCUGUCUUUACAAUUGAUUAUGAUGACUAAUUAAGCCUAUUUAUUCCAUUGCAUCGCAGAACAUGUGAUCAAUGAGGAAAACCAUGGUUAAUAGGGUUAGAAAAUCAACACAUACAUGAAUGCUGGGCAGUACUAAUAUAACUGAGGAAAUAAACUUAAUCUACAGUGUAAAGGAAAUUGUGGAGUACAGAUGUUCUUUCUAUAUACAGUAGAAUCUUUGAGAAUGAAAAUGCUGAUAAAUUUCUAAAUAACACCUAGAGUGUUAAACCAUUGUAGAGGAAAGAAGCCCUUUGGUGAAAACGGAAGGUUGAUGUAGAAAAGUGUUUUAAGUUCCUUUCUGGGGAACUAAGUAUUCAGGUCUUAGUUAACAGAGACCUUUUUUUUAUAAUCUGAAUUAAUUCAUUACUUGUCAUUUUGAUUCUUAAACUGCUGUAACACUAAUUUCCAAUUUUAAUGUGUUAGCCUUGAGCAUUGUGAUUAUAGUUUUAUUUCAUUCAGUUGCACCAUAAGCAUUUUUAUAUAAGAUUUAAUUCUGCUUGUAUAUUUUACUUUUUCCUCUUCCCUACUAGCAUUUGGUUUGAUUUAUUUUCAUAAGCAAUGGAACAUUUUUCAUUAACUAAUAAAAAGUGAACUUCAUUGA